UUGUGAAUGUAUGGAAACAUUCGUUUAUUUGUCUGUAUAUGAAUUUGUGAGAUUGAUUUAGAUGCGAGAGCUGUCGCAGUGUCAUGAGUGGGAUUCGGCACAGAAGCCUGCUGGGGAUCACUCUAGAGUGGCAUCAAUACUUGCGUACAGUAAUUAUGUAUAGUAACACAAGAGGCGUUUUGUAUUUCAGGCUGUAAACCUUCCUCGCUGUUUUGUGGUUCAAUUCUAAUGUUUUCAUUCUGUCCCCUUUUUAUUGUGAUUUUUACCAAGAGACUUGUAUUCCCUCAUCACUCAGAAAUUGAUGCUGAUAAAGUAGUUUUGGGGAAAAUUACCAUGGCAACGUUAAGUACGCCAAGAUUCAUGUUAAUUGAGGUCUGUGAAACUGGCCACGUCUGCCCCAGGGGAGCCACCUUGUCUGGAGGUCAUGUUAUUUCUUGGUUGCAGUCUAAACAGUGGCAAGGUGCUCGUUUAGGAUGUAAAGAGAGAGCUGCUGUUUUUUUUGUCUUCCAGGCGGAUUUCUUAAAAGGUCUGCCUGUUUACAACAAGAGUAAUUUCAGCCGGUUCCACGCAGACUCGGUGUGCAAAGCGUCGAACCGGAGGCCGUCUGUCUAUCUCCCCACGCGGGAGUACCCGUCUGAACAGAUCAUAGUCACUGAGAAGACAAACAUUCUCCUGCGCUAUCUCCAUCAACAGUGGGACAAAAAGAACGCCGCAAAAAAGCGGGAGCAGGAACAAGAGCAGGGAGAGAGCCCGGCGCCACCGAGGAAAAUCGCCCGGACAGACAGCCAGGACAUGAACGAGGACAGUUAGACAACACGUCCGCAGUGCGUCGGACAGACACACAGACAAACAGAAUGUCGGAGAGAGAGCCAGGACUUGGGCAAAGCCACCUAGAAAUAGUUCUUUUUUUUUUUUUUUUUUUUUUUUUUUUUUUUUUUUUUUAAACAUGUAACUCUUUGCAAACACUUCCCCUUGCCUCGGCUCUUUUUCCACCGCACUGCUCAGCCUUGGACAGAAGGGGGCACCACAAGCCCUUUCUGCUGGGACUCUUACUGUGUUUGAUUUGAAGGGGUCUGACUGGAAGAGGAUUGUUGGAAACACUUGUUUUUUUUUGUUUUUUUUUUUGAGUAGCAGCAGUGCCCAGGCUAGGUUUAAGCUGAUCAGCAAACAAAGACAUUUGUAUUUUUUUUUUAAAUUGGGCUGUUAUUUGUUGUUAUGAGUUUGUUAACCUGUAAGUGUUGGAUUUAAAUGUUUAUUUUUAAACUAUGGCAAGCCACCUGCCUGUGAGUGGCGUCCAAGUUCUGGUUUUAGACCCGGAUUUCAUUCCUGAAUGUGGAAGGAGCACUGAGUCAGGAUCGGCCUGUGUUUCCACUGGCUAUCCAUUCCUGCAACACGUAGCACCGAAAUUCCAUCUCCAGUCUCUGGGAUUGACCGUUUUUAGUUUUAAAGAUCUCCCAGCCUGUAGUAAGCCCAGUGCCCACAUGUAAGUCUGAUGGCUGCCAGCUUUCUGAAGGAAGCACAAAAAUAAAGACCAGCUUUGAUGACGUUUCAUGUCCAGAUCGGGGGUCCUAAGCAGUACUUAAGAUAAGGUGUUUUUCUUGGGGUUUUUUUCUUUUUUUUUUUUUUUUUU